AUGACACAAACAGCCCCUCAGUGGUGUACUGAAUGUGAAGAAACACUGUGUUCCGAAUGUACAGAAGCCCACAAAGUCCAAAAAAUGUCACGAAGUCACCAUUUGGUUGAGAUAUGUAAACUACCGAAGAACAUUCAUCUAUCCAAUAACUGUUCAAUGCAUCAACAGUUGCCUUUAGACUAUUUUUGUGUCGAUCAUGAUAUUGUAUGUUGUAAGGAAUGUUUGCCAAAAUAUCACAGAGUAUGCAAGAACAUCACAUCAAUUGAUUUUGCAUCAAAGAGUUCUAAACAAUCAGACACGUUCCUGUUUUUUAAAGACCAGUUGUGCCUUAUUUUAGAAACAUUAGAUAGACUAAACACCAAUCGAAAGGAAAAUUUGAGUCGAAUAGAACAAGAAGAAAUACAAAUUCGAAAUCAAAUAGCGAAAACAAAAGAAAAUAUCAUCCAGCGUUUGGAAUCGUUAGAAGAGUCACUUAUUUAUCAACUAACCGAACUCAAAAGCAAAGAUGUCACUGAUAUUAAAAGACAAGAGAAAGAUAUAGGUGAUUUAGUAGCAUCUACCAAAGCACAAAAAGAAGUGCUAGAAUUUAUAAGAGAUCAUGGUUCAGAAAAACAAGCAUUUAUUUCAAUUUAUUCAUCUAAACCAAUCUUGGAUGUCAUUGAAAACAAAGUAAAAGAGCUGACCGAAUCGUGUGUAGACACCAGUCUUUGGUUCGUUGAAAGUGUCUCGAUAGAAAAUUUAACGGAUCUCGGUUCAAUAGAAUGGAAGUACACGCCUAGUUCCGUUUCAAUUGACGCAUAUAAACAGCGGCAGUCACAGGCACCUAUCGUUCUAAAGCGGCAGGUUACCUCAAUCACCCAUCUUUUCGACAUUGACCCGAAAGAAGAAAAACUCGAAGGCGUAACUGGCAUCACUAUAUCAGACAAUAAUACCUUGAUUUUCUGUGAUGUCAUUAAGAAAAGACUUUUUUUUUGUGAUGAAAACGACACCUAUUUAUCAUCUAUCAGCUGUCCAUAUGAUCCAUGUGAUAUAUCAGCAAUACCUCAAACAACAACUGCUGUUGUGUCUUGUGCAUAUAAUUCGUACAUAUUGUUCGUCGACAUAGAUGGACGAAAAAUAUCAAAACAGCUUCAAUUGAAACAAAAAAGAACUGAUGGUGUUUCUGCAACAAAAGAUGAGAUAUUUGUAGGAGCUAAAGGAAAGAUACAUGUCCUAGAUGUAUGCGGAAAUUUCAAAAGAACAAUAAAUGCACAAACAGUUGAGCAUUGUCCUGCUUUAAUUUCCGUUUGCUCAAAUAGAAACAUUUGUUAUUCAUUCAAUCAUGAAAUUUACUGCAUCACGUCAAACGGAAAUACAGUAUUUACUUAUACUUCUCCCAAUCUUCGUCAAUCACGGGAUAUUCAAAUAGAUGAUGUUGACAACAUAUACGUCCUUGGUCGCGAUUCACAAAACAUUCAUCAACUCAGAUCUUCUGGGACACUUGAAGACAUCUUAUUGAAAGACUAUGUGUACAAGCCCCUUGCAUUCUGUUACAAUAAGAAACAAUCUAAGAUUUAUAUUGCAAAUAAUGACGGCAAAACAAUAUCCGUGUUCAAAACAAAAUAA